UUUAAGUUCUCCCAAACGACCGUCCCGCCAUAACUUGUGUUGCUAUCUUUAAAAAAUGUCGACAUAUGCGCAGCCUGGUGGCAAGAGGCAAAAGGUAAAGGAAGGUAGGGCUGCUGACAGUGUGGACUAUUUUCAAGGUAUAGAGAAGGUGGAAUUCAACACGGCUGCGUCCGCCACCGACACCCUCAGCUACCGCUACUACAAUGCAGCAGAGAGACUGCACUCGAAGACUAUGGAAGACUGGCUUAAAUAUAGCUUGUCUUUCACUGAGUUCAGGACUUGUAGUGCAGAAUAUCCAAGAACCAGCAACAACCGUCCCUGGGAUGACAAUUCCCACUCUAUGGACAAUUACAAAAGAUGCAUAAAAGCCUUUUUCGACCUCUGUACUAAGCUUGGCGUUAAGUACUGGACAGCUUACGACUCCGACUUGCUGCAUUUGUCCGAUAGUUGGGAGGAAAACAAGACUAAUUUUGAUGAAAUUGUUGAAUAUAUUCACGAAUUGGGCCAGAGGUAUCAUGUGAAGCUGUUGUGGCUUGCUCCUGACCUGCAUACGCAUCCACGUUACACAACUGGAGCGUUUACGAACAACGACGCUAACGUUUUUGCACACGCCGCGACACAGAUAAAGAAAUGCCUCGAAGUGUCACAGCGCUUAAACGCCGAAUGUUUUCUCAUCUGGCCACACCGAGAAGGUUACGAUGCCAUAUUUCAAUCCGAUGUUGCCAGAGAGUUAAAAUUAUUUGUAAAACUUCUCAAAAUCACCGCCGAAUACAAGGAUCGUUUGAAUUCAAAAUUACAAUUAUUAAUAAUGCCGUAUCGUUUUAAUGGAAUGCAGAAGUGGCGGGAUACUGAAAUACUGAACCAUUAUAUGUGGGACAUAACUAGUUGUUUGUUCUUUUUGAAGAAUUACGGCUUAGAUCGUCAAUAUAAGGUCUGCUCUCCCCCUGGUCAUCAUAUGUAUAUGGCUAACGCGUACAAUAUGUUGGGUGGUGUAACGAUUAUAAAUGAGUACGAUUUGUCUCAGACUAAAUCCUUAACUCUCAUGAUGAAAAGUAUUAUUGACCAGAACACCGCGCCUCUUGGCGGUAUAAACCUAAAGCUGCGCUUGCGCCGCGACGCCGACGCGCGCGAUGCAGCCGUGUGUUAUGUGAAGUACAUUGACGUCAUCGCGAAGGCCUUACGUGUAGCGUGCAAUAUUGUGGGCGAACAGAUAUUUUCUAAGCAUGUUCAGCAACGUUACAUCAGCUACUACAGCGGGUUCGGCGCGCGCGUCGUCAGCGCUGACGUCACACUUGAGGAAUGUGAAGAAUAUUACAAGAAGAAUCAAGUGCACGAGGUAACAAACUCCAAGUGCGAACAUUUCGACUUCGUCUUCCAGCGCUACUUGGACUCUUGCGAUCACAUUUGACAACUUUUUGACAUCGAUUGUUGUAAACUCGAAUAGGGCCGUUGUGAAAGAGACGAAAAUUGAUUGUUAAUAUUUUUCCUCUCUUUCUCUUUGCUGAAUUUAUUCGAACUAUGGUUUCCCUUAUCUGUUUUUCUUGUGUGUUGAAUUAUGUUAUAAAAGCGUUGUUUUGUUACACACAAUAAUCAUUAACACUUUAUUGGAAACAAACAAAAAUAGGAAAUAGGAUUAGGAAAUAUACCAGAUGGCCUCAUCACUAACAAAUGAUGACAAUCUCUUCGAGACAAUACCACCAUCCUCGGCUGUCAAAGUGAUUCGACUAAAACAAAUAACUUAUAUGUUAGAAAAUAUGUAACGGAAAGCUAGAAUUACCCUAAGAAUUAUGUUUUUAUCUAUAACUAUUUUUCCUUAUCUGUCUCCUCCUGUUGCACAAAAUCGAUGUCAAAAAACCAAACUGGCAACACUUCUGUACCAACUGAAACCGUGAUCUCAAAGUUGCCAUAUCUAGUUAAGAUCAUAUUAAUUAAGAAUAAAAUAACCAAUAAGUUAUCCAUUAAUUUAUUCGUGUUUUUGGAUUUUUUUUUUAUAUUCACAGCGAUUCACAUUACUUUAAGUAUACACAUUGUGCUUAACACGACAAUUAUAGUAACACAAGUUGAAACAUAACUUUGAUUCAAAAUUUAU